AUGGGUUCGCCGAUUUCGGGACUCAUAACCGAGGCGGUCCUUCAACGGCUGGAGUCGCUGGUUUUCCGACACCACAGACCGAAAUUCUGGGCUCGGUAUGUGGAUGACACCUUCGUCGUCAUCGAACGGGAUCAGGUGCUGACUUUCAAAGAACAACUCAACGCCGUCUUCCCGGACAUUCAAUUUACGAUGGAGGAGGAGGAAAACAAUCAGCUGGCCUUCCUGGAUGUCCUCGUCUGCCGCAAAGAUUGUGGUGGCCUAAAAACCAAAGUGUUCAGGAAAGCGACAAAUACGACGCAAAUACUGAACUUCAAUAGCAACCACCCGAUCAGUCACAAACGCAGUUGCGUAAGGGCGCUAUACCGGCGUGUUGAGACGCACUGCAGUGAAAUGGAAGACAAGGUUGCUGAAUUACAAUAUCUUCGACGGGUAAAGAGAGCCAAUGGCUACCCGCGCAACUUUGUCAACCAGUGCAUACGAAAAGGACACCAGAGACCAAAUCCAACUCGCCCCAAAUUUUGGCGGGCUCUUCCGUACGUGAAGAACGUCUCGGAAGCCGUCAGUCGUCUUCUCACUCCACUUGGAGUUGGGGUUGCACACAGGCCGGAAGCAACCAUUAGGCGCCAAGUAAUGAGGCCAAAAGACCCGCUGCCACGGCAGGAAACGUCUGGAGUCGUUUACCGGAUCUGGUGUAGUUGCGGACAAAGCAAUGAUGUCGGAGAAACUGGGAGAUUACUCCGUACGCGACUUGCCGAGCACGCAGCAGCAGUGAGGCGGGGAGAUGCUAACUCUCAGGUGGCGGCACACUCGACGGGACCCGGCCAUAUUUUCAAAUUUAAAGAGGCCGAAAUCCUCGCAAGGGGUGACAACCGCGUGAGCCGCGAGCUGCUCGAGUCAUGGUUCUCAGGCCCGCAAUCCAUCAACAAACACAAUGACCUCCCGGUGGCCUAUUCCGUAUUGCGAUUUUCCCUGGGCCGGAGAAUCAGUCACGUGGGGAGGGCGCGGGUGAGCAAUUAUCACGGUGACAGUGAGCCAGUUUGCCGAGCAAUCGUCACACCAGCAUCGAGCACGGAUGACGAAAUCGCGGCAAUUAACAACUCGGACUCGGACCGCCAAGCCACCGCCGCAUCAAUUACGACCCCAGCGGCGAUUGUGAGAACUGUUAAUUGCAGUGCGCAUACGGUCCCACGGCAGCCACGUGCUAUAAAUACUGCACUCCUGGUGCCACCUUCACCUCUAUCUGCGAAUGUCUCUGAUGAUGGAUUCGAGUGA